AUGAUUGAGCUGAACAAGCAUUUUUCUGGCCGCCUAGUCGUUCUCGCCUUCCCCUGCAACCAGUUUGGUCAGCAGGAGCCAGGCAGCGCAUCGGAGAUCAAGGCCUUCGUCAAAGCACAAGGCGCUCCCGUUGAUGAUUCUGACACAGGCUUUCGCCUCAUGGAAAAGGUGGAUGUAAAUGGACCUGGGACUCAUCCCGUGUACAAGUUCUUGAAGGAGUCCUCAGAGGCAGCAGACAUCAAGUGGAACUUUGGGAGCUACUUCCUGGUUAGUCAUUUAGGUGCCGUCACGCGCCUGGCUGGUGGGAAGAACUCACCAAUGUCCUUCAAAGACGCGGUUCAAAACGCGCUUUAG